AUGAGAGAAAAUGUGAUGAAACUUGCGGAAGGUCUAAAUGACGAAUAUGGGCAAAGUGUAUUACGUCGUCUUCAGCAAGUUGACGAAUUAUGUGCAGCUGAUGCGCAGUACCAUUUCCGCUGCAUGAGAGAUCUACACCAUGUCCGAAAAUCAACUCAAACGGGCAAACGAACCACUGAUGAGAUUGAAGGCGACUUUCGACCUCACCCGUACACUGUCAGAAGGCACCUUCUUGAAACGUUUGGCGAUGAUAUUGUUGUCACAUCAAGAACACCUUAUGUUGUUUGUUUCAAAGCCAUCGGACAGAAAAUAAUUACUGACAACUGGUUUCAAGAGGUGGAGAAAUUAGCAGAAAAAGAGGAAUGGCGCCACAUAGUCGAAGCAGCCGCUGUCAUAGUUGUUGAAGAUAUCAGAUCUCAAGUAAAUGACGUGACUGAAUAUCCCGCCACCGAUAAAUUUCUAAAUGGGGUCGAAGAUGUUAUUCCUAAAACUCUUCGAGUGUUUAUAGAGACUGUGGUACUAAACAAGAAGCGAGGGAAUCUUGAGCCAUGGAAGAAAAAAUGGGUAGCGAUUGCACAUAUAUUGAUUAGUAGGUUUGGCAGCUUUUUUAUACAAAAAUACGGAUCGCGAAAACAGAUUGAUAUCCUGUCAUCCCUCGGGUUUUGUGCAACAUAUAACGAAGCAACUCGAUUUGAAGUGUCAUCAAUAAUCCCUACUCUGACUAUAAAGCAACAAAUUCUUUGCCAAAUGAUAUACGACAAUACUGAUUUCAACAUCCAAACUCAUGAUGGAAGAAAUACUUUUUAUAGAAUGGGGAUCAUCCGAUGCCUCACCCCCAAAAAGUGCUGUUGCCCCUGGUCAAAAGAUUAA